AUGACAACCCUUGCUCUGUCAUUGGGCCCGCCAGCAUUAGUCCGGCUGCACGACGUGUUAAUAUGCCUGUCCAAAUUCAGCGACACCGUCGCCAUCGAGGCCGAGCCGGACAUUCUUCGUCUGAACGCCCUCAACUCAACCAAGACCGCGUUCGCAUCUUUUGCCUUCGAGAAGGAUUUCUUUUUCGAAGCGUAUUCGUUCUGCGUGCAUAGAGAUGCUCGCUCGGCGCGUCAGUUUCAGAGGACGAGUGGCAGCGCGGCUACGGAUCGGUUUUAUUGUCAGAUCUACCUCAAGGCACUAUUGUCCGUCUUCCGCGGCCGAAUCGACCGCAACAAAGACACAGCCGUGGAACGCUGCGACAUGGAGCUGCACGAAGAUCCGCAGCAGGCGGAGUGUAGACUGACCGUGAAGAUGAUCUGCGGACUGGGUGUUAUCAAAUCAUACAAGCUCACCUACGAGCCAGCGGCUAUCCAGCACGCCGUCUUCGACCGGUCCAGGACCACGAACCAGUGGACGGCCGACCCGCGGUUCCUAAGGCAGGUCAUUGAUCAUUUCAGUUUGUCGGCGGAGCAGUUGGACAUGUACUCGGAGUCUGGACGGGCUGUGUUUACGAGUUUUACGACGAAAGUGACGGACGGCAAAGUCCUCAAAUACCCCGUCCACACAUCCGUGGCCACCGACAAACGCGACUUCGAAGACUACCUAGUCGAAGACCACAUGCACAUAGCAAUUAACCUAAAAGAUUUCAAAGCAGCAGUCGCCCACGCCGAGACAUCCAACGCCACCGUGACAGCGCGCUACACGCGCCCAUGCAAACCACUGCAACUAGCAUACGAGUUCGAGGGCAUCAACGCCGAGUUCACGAUCAUGACGCGCGGCGAGGUGGGCAGCGAAGAUGGACCGAGUUCCUCGCGCGCGACGAUUCCGCAGCUCGCUGCGCGCCAGACCCCGGUCCUAUUACCCCUGCACCCCAGGCAGGCGGCUGCGGCCCCGACGCCCACCCCACAGAUGCAGACGGAGAUGCCGCCGCCGGCAUCCCAGCGCAGCAGGGCUAUUCGUCCGCUCCAGGGCUCGUCGACGCAGGAGCAUCUUGCGCAGCGGACGAGUACGGCGCAGCCUCCGGCGUCGGCGGCGGGAUCAAUGGAGUUUGAUAGUUUGUUUGUGCCAGCGGACGAUGAUCGGCAAUGGGAUGAAAUGAACGAGGAGGAGCCGCAGGAUAUUCUUGGGUGGGAUGCUACGGGUAACCUGGACACUUUCGAGCCGACGCUGCGUGACGAGGAGCCCGAUUUCUCUCGGCUGGUCGGGUCACGCAUUGAGAGAGGAGCGAGAGACGAGGCGGCGAUUCCGCCUACGCAGCGCAUGUCUCAGGUGUGUACUUCUGCUUUCUUCUUGUUGUGGGGGUAUUCGGCUAAUUCUGGAUAG